AUGAACGCCCAAUUCCAAGCAACGCUCUCGGACUUCGAAUCAAAACUCAAUGCCCUAAUCACCAGCCUAACCACCUCCCCGACCGCCGCCGGCGCCCCCUCCGCGGCCGUGAACCUCCUCAACGCCGACGACUCGCUCACAUCCGCCGUGGAAACCCUCCGCCAGCACCAAGCGAACUACGCACGGAUUCUGAAACUGCGCGCCGAAGCCGAGAGUCUCGAAGAUCGCGUGAAAUGCAUCGUGCGCGACGUGGUCCACUACGAGAACGAGAUCCGGACGACCUGCGACGGCGACGACGACGACGAAAAUAGCGAUUCGGAUCUGGAUGAGGAUGACGAGGACGAUGACGAGAGCGAUAUAGAUGAGGAGGAGGGCGGUGGAGGAAACCGACCCCGUCGAACAGGCCUCCGCAAGACGAAAGAAGUCGAAUACAAACUCCUCCUCGACUUUGCGCGCCGCAUUAGCAAAUAUAACCUGCAGGCAGCAGCCGACGCAGCAGAGGGGAUCCACGGGAACGAGACAAAGACACGGAAAAAGAUCGAAGGGGAAGAUCAGAAUCAGGAUUCCGAGAUGACAGGGACGAACAACAACACGAACCCCAACGCCAACGGCACAGAGACAGAAGGCGGACUGGGCGUGGAGACGGUCUCGUCGGUCACGAAGGACGCGACCGCCUGGCUGGACGAGUCGGCCAAUUUGACGCGUCAGGUGUACAUGCUGCCGUAUCCGAUGGAGGAUCGCAUUCGAGGGGGCCUGAUGGGUCAGAUCCAGCUGGCCGCGGCGGAGGGACGGCCUGGGUUCGACGCCGACGGGGAGGUGGAGCGGUUGAUUCGCGAGGCGGAGGGGUCCGGUGUGGCCGAUGCGAUGACGCCCGUGCAGCCUAAGGAAAGUGCCUCCCAUGCAGACGAGGCGGCCAUGGCGGCGGCUCAUGCGGGUUCGGCGGCCACCAGUGCUGGGCGGACGGCCGCGCCGCCGCCGAAGCCCAAGGCGAUGCUGGAUUUGGAUCUCUAUGAUCCGGACGAGGAUGAUGUUUGA